UUCUGACUUCUGCUUUCCUGUCAUUUAUAUACUUUAGUUAGUUGUUGAUUAUUUACAAUUUUUAAUACCCAGUUUGUUUAAUAUUUUUAAUUCGUCGGUCUCAAUUAUAUUUAUUUAAAAUGAAAUCUAAAUCAGGUUUAACUCGUUUUCACAAUUGUUACAUUCUUCGUGAUCGUAAAAUUAUCAAAGAAGAUUUAUGGAUACGAGAUGGAAAAAUCGAAAAUCCUGAACGUGUUUUUUAUGUGGAACAACUUGAAUCAGACAUCACAGUUGAUUGCGAGGACCUACUUAUUGCUCCCGGGUUCAUUGACAUUCAGAUAAACGGUGGAUGGGGUGUUGACUUCUCUAGAGAUUCUGAUAACAUUGAAGAAGGCGUGGCUAAAGUUGCAAAGAAUUUGUUAGCUCAUGGAGUAACAGCAUUUUGUCCUACGAUGAUUACAUCAGAUCAAGAAAUUUAUAGGCAAAUAUUACCAAGAAUUAAGAAAACCCAAGGAAACAAAAAUGGUGCUACAGUACUUGGAGUACAUUUAGAAGGCCCAUUUAUAAGCCCUACCAAAAAGGGAGCUCAUGUUGAGUCCUAUAUAAAAAAUCCUCAUAGGGGUAUAGAUACUAUUAGAGAAGUAUACGGUUCUUUGGAUAAUGUGGUAAUAAUCACACUAGCUCCAGAACUUCCAGGUUGUUUUGAAGCAAUCAAGGAUCUCACGAAUCUUGGUAUCAAAGUUGCUCUUGGACAUUCCAUUGCCAGUUUGGCAGAAGGCGAAAAGGCUGUCGAGUGCGGUGCUAAUUUAAUAACUCAUCUCUUUAAUGCAAUGCUACCAUUCCAUCAUCGUGAUCCAGGAUUAGUAGGGUUACUAGCUUCUACGAUGAAAAAACAAGUAUAUUAUGGUAUAAUAGCUGAUGGUAUCCACACUCAUCCAGCAGCGCUCAGAAUAGCAAACAGAACUAAUCCCGAAGGUUUAGUACUAGUAAGUGAUGCAGUGCCAGCGCAGGGACUACCGGAUGGUAACCAUCGCAUUGGACCGCAAAUCGUGACGGUAGAAGACGGUUGCGCUUACGUCACUGGAACGAAAACCCUCUGUGGAAGCACUACUGCCCUGGACUCCUGUAUUGUGAAAUUUAAAGACUCGAUUGAAUGUAGCUUGGAAUAUGCAUUGGAAGCAGCCUCAUUACAUCCGGCUAAGGCUUUAGGAAUUGAUGACAAGAAAGGGAAUUUAAACUUUGACAGUGACGCUGACUUCGUAAUACUUCACCCUAAAACAUUGAAAGUUCAAUCCACCUGGAUAGCUGGAGAAUGUGUAUAUAAAUGCCAGAACUAAGACAUGAACAAAACCAAUAUAUUAUAUUUUAAAAAUAAUAUCAGUACAAUUGGGACGAUGAUAAUUUUGAGAAACGUAUUUCUCGACAUUAUACGAAUGAUAUCAUAUAUACGUAAUAACAUUUAAGUUCUGAAUAAAAUUCCCAAUUGUGCUUCGUUUCAAUAUUUUCAGUGUAAAAUUUCUUUAAAUGUUCUAUCGUCGAUAGUCGGUGGCUAAAAUGUCUUACGAACUAUGAAGCUGGCGAAAUUUCUGAACGUUAGAAGGCUAAUUCUAAUUAUCCUUGUAAUUUUUUACCGAACGCUGGUAAAUCAUAAGGCAUUAUUAUUUAAAAUUUAAUCUCAUUGGAAAAAAUGUUAUAAAAUGUCAAAAAUUGGAUUUUACGAAUAAUGUAUUUUUAUUGCUGCGUAUAUAAUUAUUUACAAUACAAGCAAACAGUAACCUUAAGUUGAAACGCACACAUAGUAGCGUUUAAUGAAAUAUUAAUAAAAAAAAAUGAAUAUGCCAUGUUUUAAUAUUUUGAAAAGUAAACAUUCCCAGUACAAGUACUGUAUUAUCACUCAGCACUUGCAAUUUGUUAAUAAUUAAGUGUGUAAAACUAUCCAUAGUUACAUUAGUAUGGUAGGCAACGGCUUGGCUGUGCCCCUGGCAUUGCUGAAGUCCAUGGGCGACGGUAACCACUCACCAUCAGGUGGGCCGUAUGCUCGUCUGCCUACAAGGGCAAUAAAAAAAAUGAACAUACUAGUUAGGAGGAAAUGUUACUUAAGUUUUUAACUUACAAUAUUGUGAUAAUCUGAUAUACAUACAUUAUAAAAUUGUGAUAGUUAGUGAUACUGAACGAGACAAUUACUACCAUUAAUUAUAUAAUUAAAUGUGAUUUUUUUAUUUACAAAAAUUAUCUUUUGAAAUAAAUAUCAUCGUUAUA